AUGACCGAUGAACGUCGUCUUGACAUUGCUGCCUUCCAGGGCUCCACGGUGGACGGAGAGUGUAACUUACCCACGAUGAAGGAGCAGGUGUCCAAGGCUGUGGCCGUGGGAGCCGAGCUGCUCAUCUUCCCAGAGCUGUUCCUCACCGGUUACCAGGUCCCCGGGGAAGAGAUGAAGAGACUUGCGGAGGAGAGAGACGGACCGUCGUUUCGAGAGUUGUCCAGGACGGCCAAGGAAUCCAACAUUGCGGUGCUCUACGGCUACCCCGAGGUGGACCGCUCCAGCGGAGCCCCAGUCUACUACAACUCUGCCCAGCUCAUCGACAGAGGCGGCACCUCCCUCGUCAACUACCGCAAGACACACCUCUGGAUCGACGAGGACGGCUACGAAAAGAUUUUCACUCCAGGCGACUCUCUGUCCAAAGUCGUCGAGUGCUGCGGUGUAAAAAUCGGCAUCCUUAUCUGCUUCGACCUGGAGUUCCCAGAAUGCGCUCGAUCUCUUGCUGUGGACGGUGCAGAACUAGUGGUAAUCCCAACCGCCAUUAGCACUCGUCUCCCUGCAGAUCUCUCUGAGAAAAUACCCUCUGUGGUAAUCCCGACAAGAGCCUGUGAGAACAGAGUACAUGUGGUGUCUGUCAAUCACGGAGGUGACGAUUUCCAGGGUCACUCGGUGUGUUGCGACUGCAACGGAGAUGUGGUAGUGCAGGCUGGUUCCAAUAAGCAGUUGCUUUUCUUUACCAUAUAUCCAUCUCUCCCUCCUGUUUAUGACUACUUGACAAAGAGGAGACCCCACAUUUAUGACAAUAAGCCCUGAUGUUUCGUUUAGUCUCUUUUUUUUCUUCAUGUGAAAGCUGUGCUGUUUACUCUAAUGCGGGCAACAUUUUUCACUCAUACUAUAGAGACCACCUUCCAACAUUUUAUAUUACAAUUGCUGGAUCACUG